AUGCCUAAAACACCUGCAGAACGUAGACGAGACUAUCGGGCACGUCUAAGAGCAGCUCGACAAGAAAAUAAAAAUCAUGUAUAUCGGCCUGCACCUAAAACAUCUGCAGAACGUAAUCGAGAAUUCCGGGCACGACAAAAAGAACUUCAACGGCAAAAUCCAGAAAAUUAUGAAAUAACAAGUGGUCCAACAUUACCUAGCUUAAAUGAUACACAACAACAAAAUUCAGCAACGAUGCAAUGCAUGGGUCCUGAAUCUAUUUUAAAUGGUGAUAAUAAUUGUACUGAUGGACAAUCUAAUGAAAUUCAACCCAACGUCAAUGUUAAUCGACUCAAGCCGAUGCCUAAAACACCUGCAGAACGUAGACGAGACUAUCGGGCACGUCUAAGAGCAGCUCGACAAGAAAAUAAAAAUCAUGUAUCUCGGCCUGCACCUAAAACAUCUGCAGAACGUAAUCGAGAAUUCCGGGCACGACAAAAAGAACUUCAACGGCAAAAUCCAGAAAAUUAUGAAAUAACAAGUGGUCCAACAUUACCUAGCUUAAAUGAUACACAACAACAAAAUUCAACAACUAUACAAUGGAGAAAUCCUGAUUCUCGUUCAAUUCAUAAUGAUGAUAGCUCUGAUGAAGAAUCUAAUAGAAAUCAACCAAGGGUAAUUGUUGUUAAUGCUCAAGUCCAUCAAGCAAGUUCACAAGCAUCUAUCGCAUGUAAUAAUCAACUUCAGACUACGUGUAAAACACCUGCAGAACGUAGUCGAGACUAUCGGGUACGUCAAAGUGAAAGUGAUAAUGGUGAAACUGUCAAUGCUUCACAACCGACAUCACAACCUAAAACUGGAGCACAACGCAUGCAGGAAUAUCGAAACAGACAAAGGCAGAGACAAUUCAAUGAAGAUAGUGAAAAAACGAAUAAUGUUGAUGAAUAA